CGUGGGCGGUGCGAGAGUUGGUAGAAUGUCAACAACAUGCCGGGUGGUCAGGCGAAUGGAGGAGAGGUGGUGGAGGAGGAGAGGGACGCCAGGAACCCGGCUCGGGACUUCGUGACUUUGGUAUCCCGGCUCGCCGACGACAAUCUGAUGAACUUGAGUACCGGCGUGGCAGUGCUCGGCGUUAUUGCGAUAGCGAGGAGUAUCAGACUGGUCACUAAGUUCGGAGCUGUAUCUGAGAUCCCUGCACACUUCAUCGAGAAGAACGUCAGUCUUCGAGGGAGGAUACGCAAGAUAACAGAAAACGGACUGGAGGCGGAGCAUAUCCCAAUUUACGUCCCUGUCCUUUCUCCGCUGCUUUCAAGGCGUGCGCGUACUUCCUCAUUAGCGGUGCAUCUGGCAGGAGUGGAGCUGACGCCAGAGGGGAGGAUGUGGCUGGGGAAGCAGCUGGCCCCCACCCAAACAGUCUGGCUGAAACUGAUCAGCAGAGAGGAGAAUAUACUACACUGUCUGGUGUCCCACAGCAAGCAGGGGUCAGUGUGGCGCUACAGCGUGAAUGAGGAGGCGCUCCGGCUCGGUCUGGCGCGCACCGUGCCCAUCUGCGGACUCCCCCCUGGCUCUCGUCCCUAUUGGCGUCUCCACAAACGGUUGGCGCAGGCGGAGUUUAAAGCCGAGAAGAAAGGGCGUGGCCUGUGGAAGGAGGACUCGGUAUGGGAGAGGGCCUCAAGGAGUAUUCGGGACAACGCGCUGUUCAGAAUUCUGAGGAGGCUCUUCAAGAGGGCCAAAGCCACUAAAUGACUGAUCAGUAUGAUGGUGGGAAGUUUGUCGGUUCAGAGUUCAGGCCAAAAUGACUUGGACCCAAAUGACCCAAUGUGUUGUGUUAAUAAAUGGAAACACGUCUACUGCAUGAGCGGCCCAGGUCUGGUUCUGAACAUCCCUAAUUGGGAAAGUGCGGUCUUGAACAUUGUUAUAAUCUGUGUGAUGUUUGUCGGUGACAUUUUCAACCUCUGUGAAGACACUUAUCCAGUGGGAUACACGUCGGAAGACAAAGCUAAAAAGAAAUUGCACACAUGUACAGUACAGAGUAUGAACACACACACACAGUACACACAUACAGACACACACACACACAUAUUCUACA